CACUAUAUAAAACGCCUAGGGCAACUAGACAACAUCAGUACAGCAGUUUCAUCUAAACCAGACGGAUACCCAGUGACAACCCGCAGCCCCAACAAGAUGAAAGUGUUCGCUCUUACUUUGCUCAGCCUGGCGGCUUUGGCGCAAGCGCGCCUCGACUACAAGCUGCAGUGCACCCGCGAGGAGGUGGGCAUACGCUGGCCGAGCUACUUCAGCAACUCCGAGUACUACGUCUGCCAGAGCAUCUAUGGCAACCAGCUGACCGUGCACUGUCCGCCCGGUGAGGUCUUCACCUUCGUGCUGCAGCAGUGCGCCGCGCCGGCUCUGUAUGUGCCAGCGCCACCCAUGGAUGUGCUGCCCACCGAUGCGCCCAUUACCACGCACGUCGUCAACGAGGUGCCACCAAUGAUGGCUCCCAAUGGACCCGUUCACAUGCUCGGCCACGAGCACGAGCUGGAGCCGGAGCAUAUGCAGGUCGUUCACGCUUCGCCACUCGAUCCCACACCCCCCACACCACCCACCGAGCCACCAACUCCACCCACCGUUGUGCUCGAUGCCCCCAAGCCUGGCAAGAAGCCCGCCGCCCCACAGCCCCACAAGAAGACCAGCUCAGCCCCAACACCCGCCAAGGCCGCCGCGGCCAAGAAGCCCGCCGCUCCAUCUCCGCCCAAGGCUGGUAAGAAACCAACGCCGCCCAACAAGGCCCAGAAGAAGCCAUCCACCAAGCCCUCAGCCUAACGCCUCGCUCCACCCCCUUUCCCGGAGCCAGUCGACAACUAAAUUAAUGUUCAGCAAGCGGAAUUUCAUUCAGAACUCUAAAAUAACAACU